AUGCGUUUCUCACGGUUAGCAUGGCAGCAGCUGAAUAAAACAGUGAAGAAUGAAAUUCCAACUGGAAUCCUUAAAAGGGGACAGAAUAAGCAAAAUUUACGUUAUAGUAAAACCUCACUUGCAUCAAACAUAGGAAUUAAUGCUCUAUUUGGCAUGGGGCUUUACUGGUUGUAUAAGGACUACACGCAAAAGAUCCCUUCAGAGACUGGGAACAAAACUGGACCAACAGCCAAUAAGCCGACAUUAUUUGGAGAAGACAUUAAAGAUUACAAUGAGUUAGUACAGACCCUGGGUUCCUUAUCAUAUGGUGACCUUUCUUUCAUGUCUGUUUCGUGGGCUUUUCUUGGUUACUUCACCAGUGUUGCAGGAGAAUCGUUUGGUAAAAAAACGCUUGUUUCAAGGUCUCUUUUGUUUUUAACUUUAAUGUACCCUCCCCUUCAACUACUCUUGGUCUAUAGGCCUAGGUAUAGAAGACGUCUACAGCACGAUGGUGAAAGAGGAAUGAAGACGACUCAUGAAAAUUAG